CAGAUGGUAGUAGAGAGUGGAGUAAUCCCAGUCUUGGUUCCUAUUCUUACUCACCCUGACAACAAAGUGUUGCUGCCUGUACUACGGACAUUGGGCAACAUUACCACUGGCUCCACUGAGGAAACCCAGGCUGUGUUGGAUGGAGGGAUUCUCCCAUAUCUCCCUAACCUUGCUACUGACACCACGCCUGACAUCAGUGCAGAGGUUAUGUGGAUGCUGUCGAAUAUCGUCGCUGAUAGUGAGCACCAUAUUCAGAUGGUGAUUGAUGCUGGUCUCAUGCCGGCGGUAAUGGAGAGGCUGGGGUGUGGUAAAUUCUCUGUCCAGAAAGAGGCCGUAUGGAUCGUCUCUAACUGCUUAGCUGUAGGCACACCUGAGCAGGUAAAGUACAUGGUAGAACAGGGAGCUGUGGGAACCCUCUGUCAUCUCCUGGCCUCCUACGCCACGCCCUCAAUGAUCACAACCAUCCUGGAUGGCCUCAAUAACACCCUAAGUAAGGCAGGUGAGGACAGUGAGGUCAUCUUGACUCAAAUGAAGGAGGCUGAUGGAUUGGACAUGAUUGAGAAACUACAGCAGCACGGGGAUCAAAACAUUUACCGGCUGGCCUGCAGCAUUAAGAGCCAUUUCCCAGAUGUGUAGGUAAUCGCUGAAACCGAUUGAGUACUAUUCAGUCAAAAUCACAGAUGAGAUUUUACCCCCUGUUUUGAUGCAGUAGUUAUUUGUCUCUCUGUACACAUUUUGAGUGUAAUCAUAAUUUUGUACUGCUAUAUAAAACUUUAUACUACACCUUCAGGCCAAUAUACAGCUUUUAUAUUAACUAAGACAAUCAGAGUCCAAUUGGUACAUUAUAUGCCUGGGGUCUGUGUUACGCAGACAUAUUAUUAUUUUACUGACACAGCUUUGGGCUCAGGUAACAAGCCAUUCUGUUUAGCAGCAGAAUGUAUUGCGUGCCACCAUCUGCAGCUUUUUUGAAAAAGA